CAGCCCUUCCCCUCCUCUGCCCCCGGGGGAUACAAUAUUCGGCGCUCCAUCUUGGCAGCAGUAGGUUUCCCAGCUUCCUCCUCCCUUUUGCAUUGCGGGUGCAAGUGACGCAGGACCCCUGACCAGAAUGUCCUUCCCAUACCCAGGCUUCCAAGGAUACCCAGGUUACCCUGGAGCUGAUCCUUCAUACCCACCAGGCCAGCAGUCUUUCCCUGGUGGGCAGUUUCCCCAAGCAGGAAGUGGUGGAUUCCCCCCAACAUCUGGAGGGGGCUUCCCAGCCGCAGGUGGAUAUCCAGCCCCUGGAGGCUUUCCUGGAGGGAUGCCCUCUUACCCUGGAGCUCCAGGUUUUGGGGCACCAGCUGGAGGGCCAGGAUACGGAGCUCCCCCCGGUGCACCAGGUUAUGGAGCCCCCCAGGGAGUUCCUGGGUAUGGUGCACCUGGAUUUGGUGCCCCUGCAGCCGGGGGGUAUGGAGCACCAGCUGCCGGUGGAUAUGGAGCACCUGGUGCUCCUGCAGCUGGGGGCUAUGGUGCGCCUGCAGCUGGAGGCUAUGGAGCGCCCGGUGGGCCACAAGGCUAUGGAGCGCCCGGUGGGCCACAAGGCUAUGGAGCGCCCGGUGGGCCACAAGGCUAUGGAGGUUUCCAGCAACCAUCCUCUCAGGGCUAUGGAGCCGGAGGGCCCGGCCAAACGCCAGGUGGAUAUCCGGGUGGCCCAGGACAAACCCCUACGGUUAGUGCGGAGUAUCAGCCUUAUGCGUCAGCCAUGACGGCCACUCAAGGCACCAUUAGACCAGCAGCCAACUUUGACGCAUUGAGCGACGCCGAAAAACUGCGUAAAGCAAUGAAAGGAUUUGGAACUGAUGAACAAACCAUCAUUGAUAUUGUCUCUAACCGUUCUAAUGACCAGAGACAGAAGAUUAAAGCAGCGUUUAAGACUGCCUAUGGCAAGGAUUUAAUAAAAGACCUGAAGUCUGAAUUGAGUGGUAAUGUCGAAGAACUCAUCAUCGCUCUAUUCAUGCCUCCCACGUAUUAUGAUGCUUGGAGCUUGUAUAAUGCCAUGAAGGGAGCAGGCACUAAGGAGAAAGUACUCAUUGAGAUCCUGUGCACAAGGACUAAUAGUGAAAUCAAGAACAUCGUCCAGUGUUACAAAUCAGAGUUCGGCCGAGACAUCGAGAAGGAUAUCCGAUCGGACACUUCUGGGCACUUUGAGAGAUUGCUUGUGUCGAUGUGCCAGGGCAAUCGUGAUGAGAACCAAAAUGUUAACCUUCAACAAGCAGAGCAAGAUGCCCAGCGCCUUUACCAAGCAGGAGAAGGAAAGCUUGGUACAGACGAGUCAUCCUUUAAUUUGGUGUUGGCAAGCCGGAGCUUUCCCCAACUGAAAGCUGUGGCAGAGGCGUAUGCCAGGAUUUCAAAGCGAGACUUGCUUAGCACCAUUGGAAGAGAAUUCUCUGGUUAUGUAGAAGAUGGAUUAAAGGCCAUUUUGCAGUGUGCCAUCUACCGUCCGGCAUUCUUUGCUGAAAGACUUUACCAUUCCAUGAAGGGAGCUGGCACACAGGAUUCUACUCUGAUCCGGAUUAUUGUCACCCGUAGUGAGAUUGACCUUGUACAGAUCAAACAGUCCUUCACACAACAGUACCAAAAAACCCUUGCUACAAUGAUUUCAAGCGAUACAAGUGGUGAUUACAAACGUCUGCUGCUGGGAAUUACUGGCCAGUAGAAUCUAUCCACGGGCCUGGAGUGUCCUGAAGAAUUACCUGUUUAUAUACCUAGAUGCAUUACAAGUUAUGCAAUCUGUACUCCUAGGAACGGGUCCUAAGUAUCUCGUAACCCCCACCACUAUAAGCCUUGUCUUGUACAUUUUUAUAUACACCUGCCGUAUCCAAAUAUUUUGUUAAUUAAAAUCACAAUGAAAAAUGACCUGUGCAGUCUGGCCAAAAUAAAUCUGAAUACAUAAAUGUUUAUACGUGCCGUAAUGUAGCUGGCCAAAUAUCACAGCCAAUGUUUUGCUAUCGACUCUAGUGGAUGUCUGACUGCACAGUGACGCAGAUGACCAUGCCUAACACAGAGCAACAUGUCAAUACAUUUAUAGCAUGAAUAAAUGUUUCAUAGAUUUUGUACCAACCUCA